UCCGCCUCCUCACUGCGGUACUGCGCGCGAGCCGCGUGUCACACACCUCAGAAUUAACUAGUUGUUUCCCUUCAGCCGCAACGCGGAUGGAAUAACUGAAUGCUGCACUUUCGCCUUUAAAAAAAGAAAAGCAGAAUCAACGCGUUUUACUUGAGCUGCAGAGGUAAGUGGCAUCACACGCGUGUUUGAAUGAAUCUCGAUUUGGGACAGGAACGCGCGCGCGGCCCAACCUAUAUAUAUGACAGCGCUGAAGGUUACACGCCUUUAGGAUUUGGGAAGCAGUAGACAAUACAACACUGGGCAUAGCCAGGCCUCAAACUGACUGACAUCAGCAUGGGCAUUGAGAGUCAGGGCCCCACGCGCCCUGCAGGAAACCUGACGCCAAAGCAGGUCAAGACAUUUCAGAAUGUGGAGCCGAAAGCGCUGGGGUCCAUUCAGAUCAUCAUUGCAGUCUUGUGCUUGUGUCUGAGCGUCACCAUUCUUCAGCUCUAUGAAGAGGUUCACUUCUCUCCUGAUGUAAUUGUUGUGGUAGUGAUUGUUGUUCAGUUGCUUGUGUCUGGAUCCAUUUUAAUCCAUGCUGGACGGUUCCCGUCUCUGUUCUGGGUGAAAGCCACACUGGUUGCUCACCUGGUCAGUGCAGCGUUUUCCACUGCUGUUCUUGGGCUGCUGUCCCGUCACCUGCCUUACCGUCAGGACACGUACCACUGUGAGCACUGCAGGAGACUGGAGAUCUAUGCUGUGCAACAAUAUUGUUUCAGGAAGUGCACUUAUACUGUCGAGAGAAAUUGCAAACUCUUGAUCGAUGGCUUCUUGGCCACACUGGUUCUUUUUCUGGUGGUGGAGUUGGCGAUCUGCAUUGUAACCAUCUUGUUUGGACUCAAUGCUCUGGCUAAAGGUGGUGUGCAGCUUCCUGGUUUUAGACAGCGUGCUGCCCCGUCUCAGCCCGAGGCCGUCACCCCUAGCCAACCUCAGGUGGAGGUGUUGGUGUCAGAGGUGGAGCCAAUGCCUGAGCGUGAACCUGAACCCAUAUCUGAGCCGAUAGAAGAAAUCCCUAGCCCUCCCACUGAACCUCAAGUGGCGCCCAUUGACUCUUUAACAGACGUUUGAUGCUUCAUGCUCAUCUGAUCUGUAUGUAUAUUGUAGAGAUGAAUGAGGUUUUAGCAGGAAGGGUUUUUGUAUUUUAGUGAUGUAUGAAAUCAACAUUAUCAUCAUACUUAAAGGGAUAGUUCAACCAAAAAUGUAAAUUCAUUUGCUCCCUCAUGUUGAUUAAAACCCAUGACUUUCUUUGGUACAAUGAAAAUGGAUGGGGACCAGAGCUCGUCAAGCUCCAAAAAGGACAAAAAAUCACCAUAAAAGCAAAAACGAGCGGUUUGUAUAACUUGUGCACUAUAUUUCAAGUCUUUUGAAGUCAUACAUUUAUGUCGUCCUUUAAAAAUAUUGCUUGACUACUGUGAUCUCUGUUCAUGUUACGAAAAGAGCAGUUUAGACAUCCUACUAUUAUUGUGUUCUUUUGCAUUCCACAUAAGAAAGAAACUUUUUUAAAAGUUGUGGGUUUCGAAAGACAUGAGGGUGAAUUUUCAUUUUGAGGUGAACUAUUGCUUUAACAUUGUAUUACCUGCUAUAAAUGACUGCAGAGCUGUCAGCUGAUGACUUACAGUGUUUGCAAAGCAGCACAGACUGAUGUUCUUCAAAUAUUCAGGGUCAAACCUUAACCCUACAUAUUACAUUUCUGCAUUUAAUUUAGCCUAAACCACUAAUUUCACCUUGCUUGUUUUAUCUAUUAAAAAAUAAGAGGUUACACUUUAUUUUAAGGUGUCUUUGUUACAGUGUAAUUAUACAUUUAAGUACUGAGUAAUAUUAAUUACCUACUUGAACUUACUAUAUGGUUAGGGUUAGGAUUAGAGGUUGGCUUAGGGUUACUUAUGCAUAAUUUAUUGUUAUUAUAAUAGUAAGUACAUGUAACAUGUGCAACAAGGACACCUUAAAAUAAAGUGUUACCAAAUAACAUAAUUUCCCUUUGAUGCCAUGAUAAAAUCACUCAAAUGUUAAUUGGUAUCAUCAUGGUAUUUGCGUACUGAAUGGUGAUUGGUCUUCUUUCUUGCAUCUGUUUGCAUAAUGAAUUGUGAUUGGUGCAUGCUUGCAUUCUUCCUUGCAUAUAUUUAAUCACUCAGAGCAUUUACACUGUGCCAUGCAGAUUGAUUCUUGCAAAGGCAAAGCAGCUCUAACGUAGCAUUUCAUUUACUCUGAAUCCAUCCUAGGUUUAGGUUUUAGGAUUUGGUUCUGUGUGAAUUAAAUUUUUACUAAAAAAUGAAACUAUUUGGAGUUCCCUCAGACAUGGAAAACCUGGAAAUUCAGGGAAAUUGAACAUUGUGUUUUCCAGGUCUGGCAAAGUCGUGAAAAAAAAAAAAAAAAUUGUUCUAAUUAUGUAUAGAUUUAGAAUAUUUAUUUAGCUAGAAAUAUUCUAUAUUGGUGCAAUCUCUAUAAAAUAUUUAUUUUUUAUUCUUUAUGUAAAACAACUGGAAUCAUUGAAAUGUAUUGAUCAAAGAAUGUGGGAAGCUUGACAGUUCUUUGGCUGCCUUGCAAACACUGCCGUUUUUGCAGUGUCUAUCAGAAUAAAGUACUAGAUGAUGAAAAAAUAACAUUAACAGUGCAGAACGAUCAUAGCAUGAUUGGUGUAAAUGUAAUCAUAGCUCAGAGAAACUAAAUGUUGCAUAUCUUGCAGGGAAAAAUGUAUGUAAACAAUGCAAGCAUGUAAAGUUGGAUCCACUUAAUGCAAGACAUUAUGAUCAGGUAUUUGGUUCGCAGGAAGCUAAUUUUAGAUGUAGAUUGUAUAUCAAACCAGCUUUAAAUCAUUGUCAACUGUCAUCUACAACUACAACAAACUAUAUUGCAGGUAAUAUCAUGUUAAUUGUUAAUCUGCAAUAAUGAAUACGCCCAUUGAGCUAAUCUACUAACAAACAGAAAUGCUCUGUAUGAUAUGUUAAUGUAUGUUACAUAAUGUAAAAUAUUCCCCGCACUUCAUUUGGCCUCUUGAGUGUUAGUAAUGUGUGGAAAAUCUGAAGACACAAUGUCUAUAUUCAAUUUAUAUGCUCACAAGAGAAUGAAAAACAUAAUAUCUUAACAGAAUAAUAUGCAUACAAGUUGGGCUUGAUCUGUGAGACUCUAUAAAAGAAGAAAAAAAAAAAGUUCUCCACUGUUAAUAUCAAACAGUGGCAUGAGUUCCCUGUAGAUAUGUUGUAUAUUCCUGAUUAAUGUCAUUGGUGCUAGUACACUAGUACAUCUAGAAAAUACUUUUCAGUGCAGGAUGAAGUUUUGUGUGUGAGAAACAUGUUUUCAUCUUUCAUAUAAUCAUUCUGUAUCCUUUAAUUACCAAUAGAUGAGUGAGAGAGAGAGAGAGAGAGAGAGAGGAUAACCAGGUUUAAACGGGGAGAGUUAGAAUAGAGCUUUUAUGCGUCAUCUUUUGUCAUUUGUUUGCUUGCCAUUGUUGUUUCACAAAGCUUAAUAGUUCACUCACCACACUCACGGAAUGUCAUUUUUGUAUCUCUCAAGAAUCUGAAUUUGUUACAUUACAGUCAUAAACCAAGGAACUACUGUUUUUAUUACAGAUCUAACAAACCAAAGCAUCUCUUUUCUCUUCUGUAUUACUACUGUUUAUUUACUUCUGCACCUCUUUUACACAACAUCUGUAUAUUUUCUGCCCUGUUCACCUGUCGCUUCUUGUUUAAUUGUGAUUUUGAGCAUGCACUGGACGGGGAUCAAAGGAAUUGGUGUGACAUUGUAGCACAUUCUCAUAGUGUUUGAAGUGCAGUGUAUUUUAGGUGCUGAAUGGAUGUAUUAAACCACAUUUUUGCACCAACAAUGUGAGAUUAUCAUUUCAUAUUUCACAUUUUCAUAUUUUUAGUGUAUAAAAAGAACCAUGCUGGUGUAAAGCACUUACAAAAUUCUAUUGUAUUCUAUUCUAUUCUAUUGUUAAUUUGACACUUUUGCCCAACAGGAUGCUUUUAGCAAGUUAACAUUAUCAUGAUAAUUAUAUGUAUAAUACUAAUUAUUACAUAAUACUAAUAACUAGGGCUGCCAGUUUAACGUGUUAAUUAAUUAUGAGAAAUAACGCGAUUAAAAUAUUUUAACGCAAUUAACGCACUGGCCCCGCCCCUAGACCUGUAUGUCAUCUUACAUUUCAUACAGUUGACUGUUAAUAAAUCCAUAAAUGCAGUUAUGACCUAAAAUUCAAGAUAUUGGUGUAAAAAUGCUCCUGCAUGAGUUUUUGUCUCAUAUUUAUAUCAUAUGAUAAGCAAUAUCACACGAGUUUUGUUUUUGUCCCGAAUAACACACGAGCGCAAAUGUGAUUUUAUACAACAGAUAAGUUAAUAUUUAAACACAAUAUUAUCUAUAAAGCCACAGCAGAAACAUGCAAACAAACAUACCACAUGCUGGUGAUUUGUCUAUUGCCAUAUAU